UUUUGACCCAAGCUCUUCGCGAUUCCUGAUGCUCUUCAGCUCUUUUUAGCCAUCCUUAUAACAGACGAGGUUUAAGCAUCGUUUGCUAAUAAAUCUCAAAAUAGAAAAUGGCGUCUCUUUUCAACAAAUUUCAAAAGGCUGUUGGAGUUCUUGCCAAGAGUACUACAUUUUCUAAGAACCCAAGGCAACUUCAAUUUGAAGCAGACAUUAACAAACUGUUUAUGUAUACAAGCUUUAACCGGUUGGGGCGAGAAGCUGUGGAGACAGAUGCAGAAGAGAUAAUUGAGAUGGCUGGUAAAACCUCUUUGUCUGAUCAGCAGAGACAAGUUCAAGAGAAUAUUCACAACCAAGUUGAAAACUUCUGCUCUUUGAUGGAUGGAAUCCUUUGUCCUGAUGUUAGCAAGAACGAGUCAGGAUCACAACCAGCAAGCCCUCCUCGUCGUCAAAGCGGUCUCACUUUCGCCGUUGGUGGGAGUAAUUCUUCUCCAGCUGCAGAUAAGCCCUUUGUUCCAGAGACAAAGCCUUUGAAACUCGCUGAAGUCUCACAGAGCUUAAUGGAUCAACUUGGCUAUACCCUUGAGAUCAAACAAUCAGUAAUACCUCACAAGGACGCUGGUCAAGGUUGUUUCAUCAAAGGUGAAGCAGAUGCUGGAACAGUCUUAGCCUUUUACCCUGGAGUUAUCUACUCCCCUGCGUACUACAGGUACAUCCCGGGGUACCCUAAGGUUGAUUCACAGAACUCAUAUCUCAUCACAAGGUACGAUGGGACUGUGAUAAACGCUCAGCCUUGGGGUCUUGGAGGAGAAUCUAGGCAAGUAUGGACUGGUUCCUACACACCUGCUGUCAAAACAGACACCAAAACAGCAGAAAACGGUUCAGACAGGUUAUGGAAAGCGUUGAGCAAGCCACUCCAAGGCUCGGGUAAAGCAAAAGAGGUUCUUGAGAGGAGAAACCCGUUGGCUUUUGGUCACUUAGCUAACCACCCAGGGAAAGAAACGAAUCCAAACGUUAUGAUAUGUCCUUAUGACUUCCCCUUGAUGGAGAAAGAUUUGCGGCCUUACAUUCCUAAUAUAUCUUUUGGAGAUUCUGGUGAAGUGAAGAUGAAGAGAUUUGGAAGCUUUUGGUUUAAGACAGGUGGUAACAACGGCUUGGACGCUCCAGUUCUAAAGACUUUGGUGUUGGUGGCAACGAGGGCCUUGCGUGAUGAAGAGCUUCUGCUGAAUUACAGGCUGAGCAACACUAAGAGAAGACCUGAUUGGUAUACUCCGGUUAAUGAAGAGGAGGAUCGGAGAAGAUGGAGCUAAAACUUGUCCACACUUCUCUUGUAUGUUCUUUUUGAAACACAAAAAGGUUCUGUUUCUGAGCUUCCUUUAGUUGGUGAAAUUGAGUUUUAGCCUCUGUUUUUCUUUGAUUAUGCUUAUUGACACUAAAUACAAUUUUUAAAAUUGUUUUGUCAGGAAUAAUUCAAUAAGCAUUUUGUUUGUUGUAUAUUAAUAGUAUAUCAUCA